AACACUUUGAAGGCAUUCAGUCGACUAAUUGGCAGACAAUGAGGUUUAAACCGCCGCCUCUUAACCAACAGUCCAUCGGUUGGAGAGUAGAGUUCCGUCCGAUGGAGAUCCAGAUGACUGACACACAGAACGCAGCCUUUUCUGUGUUCGUUAUAUUGUUGUCCAGAAUUGUAUUGAAAUAUAAACUCAAUUUCAUUAUUCCUAUGUCUAAAAUACACCAAAACAUAACAACAGCCCUUAAAAGGGAUGCCAUCAAUAGAUGCAAAUUCUGGUUCAGAAAAGACAUCUUCACUCAAAAUACACCACAAAUUCAUUGUUUCAAAAAAAAUAGAAACAGAUAUGAGAGCGAAGAGGAGUCGUAUAUAGAGAUGUCUAUCAAUGAGAUAAUGAAUGGUUACGGAAAUGAAUUCCCGGGUUUAAUACCACUAAUCAGGGAAUACGUCAAAACUGAACCGGAGCCUAACGCGAUCCCAAACCCGGAACCUAAGCCUAAAGCCAUAGCCAAAGCUAUUCCCGACCCCGAAGACAGUCUCUCUCCCAAAACCUCUCCCGAUUCUGAAGGCGAUUCUGAUUCCGAGGAUGACUAA